CGCGCACUGUGUUCUGUUCUGAGUCAGUGUUUGGAGCAGCUCUGGAGUGUAGACACACCGCAGGACGAGAGUCGAAGGCGGAGCUGACUCAGUCUCUCACUGCAGGAGCUCACAGGCGGUGCUUUGUUCGAGGAUCUCGACACGUCACGCCGAGUCUAACGGGAAACAGCGGCUUCUCAGUCGGGAUGAAGGCACGGAUCGCGCCGCGCUCGUCCGGCGGAGAAUAAGCGCGAGGAUCUGCUCACGCGGCGGAGGAGAAUACCGACAGCAUGAGGAGCGCGUUAUAGACGCGUCCGUCUCCAGGCUCCGCCGCUUUACUCCCACGCGAUGGACACGACGGAGCGCGACGCGUUCACGCCUCUGCUGGAGGACUUUCUGCGCUCUCCUCUGGUGUGCUGGGUGAACACGGUCUCUCCGCUGGGCUCCGGAGGCUCUCAUCUGUCGGACUUCAUGACUUUAGUGGACGGGGUUCAUCUCAAUGACGUCAUGACUGACAUAAACCCAAAGAGCAGCGUUCAGCGAGUCCACAGGAAGGUCAGGAACGACCCGGCACUGCGCAUCCAGAACCUAUCCCUCCUCGUGCAGCAGAUCAAGUCCUGCUAUCAGGAGACGCUGCAGCAGCUGGUGGUGAUGCCACUUCCUGAUGUGCUGGUGCUGGGCAGGACUCCUCUCAGCGAGCAAGGACUGGAGGAGAUGAGGAAGAUCCUGCUGCUACUGCUGGGCUGUGCUGUACAGUGUAACAGGAAGGAGGACUACAUCGACCGGAUCCAGACGCUGGACUUUGACACACGGGCAGCCAUCGUCGCUCACAUUCAGGAGGUGACGCAUAACCAGGAGAAUGUGUUUGACCUUCAGUGUGUGGAGGAGAGUGAGUGUGUCCCACACGAUAAAGAUGCCAUCUUUAGACAGCUGACCUUUAACCUUAAGCGCCUCGUUGACGAGAGAGACCAGCACGCUGAGACGAUCGUGUCUCUGACUCUGGAGCGGGACAGUGCGCUCGCCCCAUCGCCCGGAGACUCGUCCAGCAUGAGACGCACAGAGAGCGUGCAGCAUCUGUCUGUGGAGCUGGCCGACGCUAAAGCCAGGAUCAGACGCCUGCGGCAGGAGCUAGAGGAGAAGAGCGAGCAGCUGCUGGACUGCAGACAGGAAGUGGAGCACCUGGAGACCGAGGUCAAGAGACUGCAGCAGGAAAGCCUGCAGGUGCUGUGUGAGGUGCGGGCGCUGCGGGUAUACCGGGACGAGCUGGACGCGCUCCGAGAGAAGGCCGUGCGGGUGGAGCGGCUGGAGAGUGAGGUGAAGCGCUGCAGAGAGAAGCUCCAGGACAUGGAGUUCUUCCAGACCAGAGUGGAGGAGCUGAAGGAGGACAGUCAGGUGCUGCUGGAGACCAGGAGCGUGCUGGAGGACCAGCUGGAGUCAUACAGAGCUCGCUCAGAUAAACAUCACCAGCUGGAGAAGGAGAACCUGCUGCUGCAGAGCAAGAUCCAUGAGCUGGAGAUGGAGCGAGACAUGGACAGGAAGCGCAUGGAGGAUCUGCUGGAGGAGAACCUGGCACUGGAGAUGGCCCAGAAACAGAGCAUGGACGAGUCUCUACAUCUGGGCUGGGAGCUGGAGCAGCUCUCCAAGACCACACCUGAGCUCACUGAAGUGCUGCAGAAGUCUCUGGGGGACGAGGUGAACGAGCUGACGUCCAGUCAGCUGCUGAAGCUGGAGAAGGAGAACCAGAUGCUGCUGAAGAGCCUGGAGGAGCUGAAGAGCGACGCACACCUGCACCUGGACAGAGACCAGCAGAAGCUCAGCCAGCAGGUCAAGGGUCUGGAGCAGGAGAACGAUCAUCUGAACCAGACCAUCGCCUCUCUCAGACAGCGCUCUCAGGUCAGCGCCGAGGCCCGCGUCAAAGACAUCGAGAAAGAAAACCGCGUGCUGCACGAGUCCAUCAAAGAGACCAGCAGCAAGCUCAACAAGAUGGAGUUUGAGAGCAAACAACUUCGCAAAGACCUGGAGCACUAUAAAGAGAAAGGAGAAAGAGCCGAGGAGCUGGAGAUGGAGGUCCAUCGACUGGAGCGAGAGAAGGAGAGUCUGCAGAAGCGUCUCGCUGCUCUCUCCAUCACCUGUGGGAAGGUGGAGGUGCUGGAGAAGGAGAAUGCUGAGCUGGAAGCAGAGAGCAGGAAACUGAAGAAAGCGGCGGACGGUCUGAGGAACGUUUCCUAUCAGCUGGAGGUCCUGGAGAAGGAAAACACUCAGCUGGAUGAAGAAAACCUGGCGCUCCGGCGCAUGGUAGAGUCUUUACGGUCCACCGGAGCAAAGGCUGCUCAGCUGGAGCUGGAGAACAAAGAGCUGGAGAGCGAGAGAACCCAACUCAAAAAGAGUCUCGAGCUCCUGAAGGCUUCGUCCAAAAAAAACGAGCGUCUGGAAGUCAGUUACCAAAGCCUGGACGCAGAGAACCAGCGGCUCCAGAAAGCCCUGGAGAGCGGCAGCCGCAAGGUUCAGCAGCUGGAGGGAGAACUGCAGGACACGGAGAUGGAGAACCAGAGCCUGCAGCAGAGCCUGGAGGAGCUGAAGAUCUCCAGCAAAGGUCUGGAGCAGCUGGCGCAGGAGAACAUGGCCCUGGAGCAGGAGAACAACCAGCUGGAGAGGGACAAGAAGCAGCUGGAGAAGGAGAACAAGCGGCUGCGACAGCAGGCUGAAAUCAAAGACUCCAGACUCGAUGAAGACAACCUGCGCAUCUCUCACCUCGAGAAGGAGAACCGCACGCUGGGCAAGGAGCUCACCGCUCUCAAAGACACGUGUGGCCGCAUCAAAGACUUGGAGAAGGACAAUAAAGAACUGGUCAAACAAGCAACCAUAGACAAGAGGACCCUGGUCACUCUGAGAGAGGAGCUUGUCAAUGAGAAAUUAAAGACCCAGCAGAUUAACAAUGACCUGGAAAAGCUGACCCAUGAGCUUGAGAAGAUCGGCCUCGAUAAAGAGGGGCUUCUGGGGGAUGAAGAGAGCUCUGAUGACAGGUUUAAGCUUCUGGAGUGUAAGCUGGAGUCCACUCUGAAGUCCUCUCUGGAGAUCAAGGUGGAGAAGAUCGCUGCGCUAGAAGCCCGACUGCAGGAGUCCUCCAACCUCAACCAGCAGCUGCGGCACGAGCUCAAAACGGUGAAGAAGAACUACGAGGCUCUGCGCCAGCGUCAGGAAGAGGAGUGUUCGGCUCAGAGCUCGCCUGCGAGAGGACGGGAGGACACACAGAGCAAAUGGGAGAAGGAGAGUCAGGAGGCCACGCGAGAGCUUCUGAAGCUCAAAGACCGACUCAUAGAGGUGGAGAGGAACAACGCCACUCUCCAAGCAGAGAAGCAGGCUCUCCGGACGCAGCUGAAGCAGCUGGAGUCUCAGAGCGGCAAUCUCCAGGCACAGAUACUGGCUCUUCAGAGACAGACCGCGUCCCUACAGGAGAACAACACCACGCUACAAACACAGAACGCCAAACUACAGGUGGAGAACUCAACGCUGAACUCUCAGAGCGCCGCUCUCAUGUCCCAGAAUGCUCAGCUGCAGACGCAGCAGUCCGGCACAGAGAGCGAGAGGGACGUGGCCAUUCGAGAGAAGGAAGAGCUGCGCUCGGUCUACGAUCUGCUGCUGCACGACCACGAGAAGCUGUCUGCUCUGCACGAGAGACAGGCCUCAGAGUACGAGGAUCUGAUCGGCAAACACGGAGAGCUGAAGAGCGGCCACAAGAGCCUGGAGCUGCAGCACCGCAGUCUGGAGAACAGAUACAAUCAGCUGCUGAAGCAGAAGACCGAGCUGGAGCAGCUGGAGAGAGAGCUCACAGCACAGCGAGAGAAGAUGAUCUCUGACAGCAGGAGCCAUCAGGACACGGCCGCACAGUACCAGAGGCUCGGCGAGGAGCACCACACGCUGAGCUCCACGCACCAGCAGCUCCUGAAGGACAACGAGCUCCUGCAGACAGAUCAUAAGAGCCUCAAGAGUCAGCUGAACACGGCCCGGCUGGAGCAGACGCGUCUGGAGGCAGAGUUCUCCAAACUCAAAGAACAGUACCAGCAGCUGGACAUAACCUCCACCAAACUCACCAACCAGUGCGAGUUGUUAAGUCAGCUGAAGGGGAACCUUGAGGAAGAGAACCGGCAUUUGCUGGAUCAGAUCCAGACCCUCAUGCUGCAGAACCGGACCCUGCUGGAGCAGACCAUGGAGAGCAAAGACCUGUUCCACGUCGAGCAGAGACAAUACAUUGACACACUCAAUGAACUGAGGAGACAGAAAGAGAAACUUGAGGAGAAGAUCAUGGAUCAGUAUAAAUUUUGUGACCCAUCACCUCCACGAAGGAGGGGCAACUGGAUCACGCUGAAGAUGAAGAAACUGAUCAAGCCAAAGAGUCGUGAGCGUAUGCGCUUUCUCACACAGACCCCACCCCGCUCCGAGUCCAGUGAAGGUUUCCUGAUGCUGCCGCAGCCGGAUAGUCAGGACAGCUCAUCCAUCGGCUCCGGAUCCAACUCACUGGAGGACAUGCUCACCCACCGCAGCAGCACGCUCAAAAAGCUUCCAUUCAUGAGGAACCGAUCCAAGGAGAAAGACAGAGUGAAGGCCAUCUACCGCCGCUCUGUGUCCAUGAACGACCUGCUGCAGACGAUGGAUCUGUCCGAGGGUCAGUGGUCCAGCAGUGCGGAUCAUCUUGAGGCUCCUGACGAGGCCAUCGGCUCUCAGCACAGGAAGGAGUUUGGAUCCAUGGACUACGCCGGGCUGACCCUGACCCGCGGCCGCAGCGCUCGCCUCCACUCUGAUACAGGCAGUGCUGUGUCCAGUGAUGACAUCACACAGCCGUCGUCGCAGGAGAACAGUGUGCGGAGAGCUCUGGGUGAGUACACUUCUCUCGUGAGCGUCUGUGAUGUCAUGUCCUGCUGCUCUGACUGAUCACGCUCCAGCUCC